GGAAGUGGACCAUUUGGGGAGCUGGCUCAGAACAAGCGAGGAGAUACGGAUCGCCUCCAAACUCCAGCGGCUCGUCUGUUGCUGAAGGACGCAGCCGGCGGCUAGAAGAAUGCGGAGAGGUCGCAUCCCUCACCUGCUGCAGGGACCGUGGCCGUUGUUCGGCCUCUGCCUGGGCAUCUUCUUUUUCCUGUCCCUCUACUACGUUUGGGGCGGGCAGCAGCAGCAGCACAUCGAACCCGAGCUGCGGGAUGAGGCGGCCAAGCUGCGGGAUGAGGCGGCCAAGCUGCGGGAUGAGGCGGCCAAGCUGCGGGAGCAGAUGUCUGCUCAGAAUGAGGUGAUCAAAAAACUACGAGAUCAGAACCGGGACUUGCAGUCCAAAAUUGACAAAAUGCUAGAUGAUCUUCAUGGGUGUCGGACUGAGAGCAGGAAGCACGGAGAACUGGUGCAACGAUUGGAGCGCAGUUUGGAAAACAAUGAAGUCCAAAACUCAAACCUGCGGAAGGAGAUGUCUACUCAGAAUGAGAUGAUCAAACAACUGCAAGAUCAGGACCAGGACAUGCAGUCCAAGAUUGACAAAAUGCAAGGUCAGUUCAACAACAAUUGCAUUUGCAUAGCGCCUUGGAGAAUGUUCCCUAAGUACUAGAGAGAAAUGUAUAUGUUGAAUAAAAGUCAAUGCUAAGCCGGUGAAUUGGAGAAGGGGGUCAUAAGUUCAUUAGUGAUAGGAGCAGAAUGAAGCCAUCUUUAGUCAGAGGGUGUUGAAUCUGUGGACAGCUGUGGAGGCCAAGUCAGUGAAUAUUUUGAAAGAGAAUCUUGAUCAAUACGGGUGUCAGAGGUUAUAGGGAGAAGGCAGGAGAAUGGGGUUAGGAGGGAGAGAUAGAUCAGCCAUGAUUGAAUGGUGGAGUAGACUUGAUGGGCCGAAUGA